AUGAAGCCUGCCGCCGUCAUCCUCGCCGUUUUUGCCGCCUCGGUCGCCGCCGUGCCGGUCGGAGAUAAUGUCGAGAAACGUCAAGCAGUAAACCUGUUCUCAAUUCUAGAGAAUCUGCUACACAUCAAGACCUGUACGGGACAGAAGUUUGGCGAUUGUCCAAAAAAGCAAGCGUUUAUUGGCAAGCGCAAGAGCGCCCCCAGCGAGGGCAUCGUCAGCGUGGACACCGACGCCUUGAUGGGCGCUCGCGGGUUGUAA